AAUCCCCAUGACUCGUGGGAAACAUUGGACAAACUUGUAAUAAUGAUUGAAAGCUCUCCGUUAUGUAAAGAAAUUUCCCCCAACAAAAUUUUCAGUGAUUGAGAUUCGAGGAAGAUGAGUAAGAAGAAGGUCCUCAUAGUCGGAGGCACUGGAUAUUUGGGUCAGCAUCUAUUACAGGGCUAUGCAGAUAUCACUGGAAGACCAUAUGAUCUGGCAUUCACCCACCGCUCCUCUCCACCACCUCAAGUUUUGUUGGACGCCAUUUCUGGUUCACUUGCUUUCCCUGUAGAUUUGAAAUCGGGAAGCGGAUUCGAAGCCAUUUCAAAGACAUUUGGUCAGCCUGAUGUGGUUGUCAACUGUGCUGCCAUCUCAGUGCCUCGUGCAUGUGAACAUGAUGCUGAUGCUGCUCUUGCCAUCAACGUGCCAUCAUCUCUUGUUAAAUGGUUGCAGCGCUUUAACGAGAAAAGUACACUUCUCAUUCAUUUGUCCACCGAUCAAGUUUAUGAAGGGGAGAAGUCCUUUUACAAGGAGGAUGACGUUGCUGUUCCAGUAAAUGUUUAUGGAAAAACUAAAGUGGAAGCAGAAAAAUUCAUCAUAGAACAGUGUUCCAACUUUGCUAUUUUGAGAAGCAGUAUCAUCUAUGGGCCACAGACGAUCUCACCAGUUCCAAAAUCUCUUCCUAUUCAGUGGAUGGAUGGUGUCCUGUCCAAAGGAGAGAAAGUGAAUUUCUUUCAUGAUGAGUUCCGUUGUCCCAUCUAUGUUAAGGAUCUCGUGGCUAUUGUUCUAGCUCUGACAAACCAAUGGAUAUCAGAGGGCAAGCAAAUGCAACUGGUACUUAAUGCUGGUGGGCCUGAUAGGGUAUCACGUGUUCAAAUGGCUGAGGCUGUCGCACAAUUUAGGGGAUAUGACACCUCAUUACUCCAACCAGUGUCUGCAUCGUCGGUUGAUCGUGGAGUCAGGUCCCCAGCUGACAUAUCCAUGGAUAUAAGUAGAUUGGUCCAGACCCUGAAAAUUCAUCCAAUUCCGUUCGAAGAAGGGGUUAGAUUGACACUUGCGUCUGAAGCUAAAUAGGGAAGCAAAAGAGGUGUCAAAUGUUGCUACAUGGUUAGCAUGAGUGGGGCGUUACCCUUCUAUAGAAAUGAACAAAGGCUAAUCUAUCUAUUAUUCGUAUCAUUUGUGGAUCUGUAAGGGGAAAAAAAAAUGCUGAUAUCAAUUAUUAAAUUACAAAAUAAAUUUUGAGCGGGCCGUUUUUUA